AGAGGCGGGGCUGGGGAAUGUGUGUGUAGAAGGGGCUGAGGAUUGUUGCCGCUAUCGCGGCGUUGGACGCUGAGAGCAGCUGUCACGGUUCUCGAGUGUCGUGUAGCCGCCGCCGCCAUGAGCUACACAGGCUUUGUCCAGGGGUCUGAAACCACUUUGCAGUCAACAUAUUCGGACACCAGUGCUCAGCCCACCUGUGAUUAUGGAUAUGGAACUUGGAACUCUGGGACAAACAGAGGCUACGAAAACUAUGGCUAUGGCUAUGGCUAUGGCCAGGAUAACACCACCAACUAUGGAAUUAACCAGCGCUUAGAUAUGGUGCCACACUUGGAGACCGACAUGAUGCAAGGAGGCAUGUAUGGCUCAGGUGGAGAAAGAUAUGACUCCUACGAGGCCUGUGACUCAAGGGCCGUCCUGAGUGAGCGCGACCUGUACCGGUCAGGCUAUGACUACGGCGAGCUUGAUCCUGAAAUGGAAAUGGCCUAUGAGGGCCAGUAUGAUGCCUACCGUGACCAGUUCCGCAUGCGAGGAGGCGACACCUUUGGUCCCAGGGCUCAGGGCUGGGCCAGGGAUGCCCGGAGUGGCCGGCCAAUGGCCUCGGGCUAUGGGCGCAUGUGGGAAGACCCCAUGGGGGCCCGGGGCCAGUGCAUGCCUGGUGCCUCCCGGCUGCCUUCCCUCUUCUCCCAGAACAUCAUCCCUGAGUACGGCAUGUUCCAGGGCAUGCGUGGCGGGGGCGCCUUCCCAGGCAGCUCCCGCUUUGGCUUUGGAUUUGGCAAUGGCAUGAAGCAGAUGAGGAGGACCUGGAAGACCUGGACCACAGCUGACUUCCGGACCAAAAAGAAAAAGAGAAAACAGAGUGGCAGUCCUGAUGAGCCAGACAGCAAAGCCACCAGGACAGACUGCUCAGACAACAGUGAUUCAGACAACGAUGAUGGCACGGAGGGGGAAGCUGCAGAUGGCCCUGAAGGCAUUGAGGCUAUGGAGAAGGGCUCCAGAGCAGAAGGAGAGGACGAGGAGGGAAAGGAGGAUGGGAGAGAAGAAGGCAAGGAAGAUUCGGAGAAGGGGGCCCUGACCAUGCAGGAUGACAGCAGCCAGGCUAAACGCAAAUUGCUGGCAAACAAGAAGAGCCAAGAUAAGCAGAAAAAGCGGCAGCGAGACCGCAUGGUGGAAAGGAUCCAGUUUGUGUGUUCUCUCUGCAAAUACCGGACCUUCUAUGAGGAUGAGAUGGCCAGUCACCUUGACAGCAAGUUCCACAAAGAACACUUUAAAUAUGUAGGCACCAAGCUCCCAAAGCAGACUGCUGACUUCCUGCAGGAGUACGUCACCAACAAGACAAAGAAGACAGAGGAACUCCGGAAAACCGUGGAGGAUCUUGAUGGUCUGAUCCAGCAGAUCUACAGAGACCAAGAUCUGACCCAAGAAAUUGCCAUGGAGCAUUUUGUGAAGAAGGUGGAGGCGGCCCACUGUGCAGCCUGUGACCUCUUCAUUCCUAUGCAGUUUGGGAUUAUCCAGAAGCACCUCAAGACUAUGGAUCACAACCGGAAUCGCAGGCUCAUGAUGGAGCAGUCCAAGAAGUCCUCGCUCAUGGUGGCCCGCAGUAUCCUCAACAACAAGCUCAUCAGCAAGAAGCUGGAGCGCUAUCUUAAGGGCGAGAACCCUUUCACCGACAGCCCGGAGGAGGAGAAAGAGCAGGAAGAGGUGGAGGGAGGUGCUUUAGACGAAGCGGCCGGCGCCGCUGAGGGGGCGGAAGGCGCACGGGCACCGCCCCCUGUUCCUCCAGAGCCGGCGCCCGAG